AAUAAAAUUAAAAUUAAAAAAGAACCAAACCCUACACUCCAUCUUUGUUUCCCACUUCUGCUUACUCCGUCUUGCAGCAGUCGCACGUCUGAUCACCAUUUGCAGCUCUGUUUUUCGUUUCCUACUAUAUUGUCUUCCUCUUUAUUGCCGUCGCCGAUCGCUGUCCGCCGUCGCGACCCCACCGCCUCUCUUCUUUCUCCUCUUCUUAUCUCAUUCUCUGCUGCAACCUCACGCCGCCACGCCAACCCCGUGCUCUGCUGCAGCCCUCCGUCAAUCGUGACAAGAUGCAUUCCAGGAAUAAAAGGGCAAAAGUGGGAUCAUCUAGGGGCUCGACUGAUAUGGAAACUGAAAUGAAAAUGAGAAAUAUCAAGAAAGAAAUUGAAUUCCUCACCUCCUCUCAUAUGUCAUGGAAAGACAGAAAGGAGAUUGAGAGUAGAAAAAUUGUUUCUCUGGGUGGAAAGCCUCAAAAGAAGCAAAGACUACCUUUAAGUGUAGCACGACCAAUCAUGAAGAAGCAGAAGGAAAGAGAACAAAAGAUGGUACAAGAGCAUUCGAAUGUUAGACAAUUUGGUGGAAUGGCUGGUAGUAGCAACUCUAGAAGAUCUUUGGGGAGGCGCAAGCCGGAGGAACAGGUUCUUAAGUCGAGUGAAGGCUUUUUUAAACAUGGUGUUCUUGAUGUCAAACAUCUACUAAGUCCAGCCUCUUCUAGAAACAAUGGCCCUGCUAGGAAUAGUGACCCUUUUAGGAAUACUGACUUCGGAAAUGAAAUGGGCGUUAAAGGUAGAAGAAAAGGAGGAAAAAAGAAGAGUAAGAAAAGUAAGAAAAAGGGUGGCGGUAAGAAACGCCAUUGAAAUCAUUCAAUAUUUGGAACAUCAUUCUAGUUUUACAAUGAGAAUAUCGAUAUCUUUUUUUUGUUAUAUUAGUUGCAGUUCAAUGAAAUUUUGCAAAUCCUUGUUUCACA